UUUACACUGUUGUCAGAGCAUUAAAAACUAAAGUCAGUAGAAUGGAGGUGGCUUUCCACUUGAACAAUAUGUCAACAAUUUCGACUGAAAGAUUUUCAAUGUUUACUAAUUUUCAAUUAAACAAAUCAUGUCAAAUGGAUCUAUGAAUAUAAUUUUCAAAGAAGAAUAUUUUCUUCUGUCUUCUUUCAUCCCCACGAGAAAAGAAGGGAGCUUUUUCCUUUCACAGUGUCUCUCUUGCUUUAGCUUUAGUUCUUUUCUGGAUCAACCCCCUAGUGUAGUUCUUUUUUUUAUUAUUUUUUUUUUUGCUUUGAUCAGUUUUAACAAUCUUUAGUUACUCAUUUUAUGACUUUUUUUUCAUUCCAAGAAUAUAAAAAAAUCUGAGAGAUUUUGUGGUUUUAUUACUACUUAUUCCCCACCUAACUUAUACAGGGUUGUUGAUGGUACCAUUUUUCGGUCUCAUUUGCAUAAGCUAAAGACACUUGUAUUUUUGUAGUCCUUUUGAACAUAUGAUCAUGUUCUUUCUAACCACAUUGUACUAAAUAGUACAGUUCCCAUUCAAAUUCUUGGUUGAAAUUCAUUCUUGAUAGACAAAUGAAUGGUUCUGUAAUUUGAUCCUCUCUGCAUUUUUGUUGAGGAGGAAAAUGGGGUUGCUGCAGAAUUUCAAGUUGCUGAAAUUCUUGAUGAUUCUAAGUGUUUUUUCAGUUCAAUUAUCUGCAGGAUUUGACCUACAUUCACUGAAAACAACAGCUUCUACAUUUUUCAUUUUCAAAGACGGGCGAAUUGAUCUUAGUUUCCAGAGAAAUACAGGAUCGCGUCUAUCCCUUCUACAAGAAGAUUUGUCGCCCGCUCCAACUUCUUGGACGAGACAUGACACGUUUCUCAGUGCUCCACAGCCAUAUCAUCAUCCAAGUAAAGCUACUUAUCAGCACAAGAUCUUUGAACCAUCUAAUCAUGCGGAAGCACCUUUAACUUCACCACAUUUUAGGAAUUCUGGCCGAAAGCAAAUACACAGUUCUGCAUCCGCACCUUCAAUCUCCUCUAUUUGGCACCAUCACAGGAAAAACAAACACAGUGACUUUACACAUAAACCAUAUGAUCGCCUUCAUCCACCCAGUCCAAGCUGGUCAGGGCCUUCAAUCUCUCCAUUCGCGUCUCCUGUGCCUUCUUCAAUAAGUUGGGCACCUGUACCGUCACCGAUAAUCCAACCUAGUCACUCGGGAAUUCCCACAAUAUCACCGACGAGUUCAUCUAUAAAAGGAAAGAAACCGAGAGCACCACCUUUACCUGUUAUGACGCUGCCACCACCGCCUCCCAAUCAAGAUUGUAGUUCUUUGACAUGCACUGAGCCGUUGACCUACACGCCUCCUGGAUCACCAUGUGGCUGUGUAUGGCCCAUGCAAGUAGCGGUGCGCCUCAACGUCACACUCUAUACCUUCUUUCCUUUGGUAUCUGAGUUAGCCAGGGAAAUUGCUGCUGGUGUUUCCCUAAACAGGAGCCAAGUACGCAUUAUGGGAGCUAAUGCAGCCAAUCAACAGCUUGAGAAAACAAUUGUACACAUCAACUUGGUUCCUACUGAUGGAAAAUUUGAUUACACCACUGCUUUUACAAUUUAUCAGAAGUUCUGGAAGAGGGCGGUGUUCAUAAAGUCUACAGAUUUUGGUGCCUAUGAGAUGGUUUAUGUCCAUUAUCCAGGGUUACCACCUUCUCCGCCUUCACAUCAUUCGAGCAGUGCUACUAUUGAUGAUCUACCAGUCUAUCCUGGCAAUGGAAAUGAUGGAAGGACAAUCAAACCUCUGGGUGUAGAUGUGUCAAGAAUGAGAAAGAAAGGGAUAGCUAGAAAUAUGAUCAUUGUGAUUGUCCUUUCAUCAUUCACAGCCUUUGUUGUGUGCGUGGGAUCUAUCUGGCUUCUUUUGUUUAAGCGCGGAUGUUGUUCUCAAUCACCUGAGCAACCUCCACAUAUUUUAAUUUCCUCUCAGGGUAAAACAUCAGGUGGUGCUGGAUCUACGCUUUUGGGAAGUAGGCCCAGCUCAAAAUCAAUGUCCUUCAGUUCUAGUAUUUUAGCUUACACAGGAAGUGCGAAAAUUUUCAGUACAAACGAUAUAGAGAGAACAACUAACAACUUCAACACUUCAAGGGUUCUCGGUGAAGGAGGUUUUGGACUCGUGUAUAGUGGAACCAUUGAUGAUGGAAGGAAAGUAGCAGUUAAGGUUUUAAAAAGAGAUGAUCGGCGGGGAAGCCGUGAGUUUUUGGCAGAAGUUGAGAUGCUUAGUAGGCUGCAUCACAGAAACUUGGUCAAAUUGAUAGGUAUUUGCACAGAGGAACAUUGUCGCUGCCUUGUCUAUGAACUUGUUCCUAACGGGAGUGUAGAAUCACAUUUACAUGGAAUGGAUAAAGAGGCUUCUCCUCUUGAUUGGUAUGCAAGAAUGAAGAUUGCAUUAGGUGCAGCUCGAGGAUUGGCCUAUCUGCACGAGGACUCGAGCCCUCGUGUAAUACACAGGGACUUCAAGGCUAGUAACAUCUUGCUAGAACAUGAUUUUACACCAAAAGUUUCAGAUUUUGGCUUGGCUAGAUCAGCACUGGAUGAGGGAAACAAACAUAUAUCCACGCAUGUGAUGGGCACUUUUGGUUACCUAGCUCCAGAAUAUGCAAUGACUGGCCAUCUCCUGGUGAAAAGUGAUGUUUAUAGCUAUGGUGUAGUUCUCCUUGAGCUCCUGAGCGGACGAAAGCCUGUGGAUUUAUCACAGCCUCCAGGUCAAGAAAAUCUUGUAUCCUGGGCUCGUCCGCUCCUGACAAUGAAGGAAGGUUUAGAAACAAUAAUAGAUCCAGCUAUAGAGUCUGAUAUCCCAUUGGAUAGUAUCAGCAAAGUUGCAGCAAUAGCAUCAAUGUGUGUACAGCCAGAAGUAUCGCACCGCCCUUUCAUGGGAGAAGUGGUUCAAGCCUUGAAAUUGGUGUGUGAUGAGUUUGAUGAAACACGAGAGCCUAUGUCACGGAGUUGCAGCCACGGGGAAUUUUCUGUUACAGACGCUUCAGUAGUCCAUAAAUCAUUUCCAGGUUUUGAUUCUCCUUUAAAUGUCGAAAUGGAAUUAUCAGCUUCAGAAUUAAAGAGUGCAUCAGCUAGAUAUGGAAAUCUUGAAUCUGAGUCUGUUAGGAGGCAAUUCAAUUCUGCCCCUUUGAAAAUGGGAAGAAAAAGGAAUUUCUGGCAAAGGUUGAGAGUUCUUUCAAGUGGCAGCAUGAGUGAACACAGUUUUUCAUCAAAGACAUGAUGAGAAUUUUUAGCAACAGCCAUAAAGUCCUAUAUUAUAUCAGAACAUAAAAUUGCUGUUAUUAUUUUGUUUGUAGAUAUUACCAUAAGAAGCUUUGAACCUGAUAAUUUGUGGCAUUUUCAGUGCUAGAUGAUUUAAGAUAUCUAUUUUAUGUACUGCCUCUCCACUUUAAGUGCAAAACUCAAUGUCAGACUAAAACUUUGUACUUC